AUGGCAGAGGUUGGUAAGGAGAUGUGCGUGACAGGAGGGACAGGAUUCAUUGCUGUUCAUCUCAUUCGUGCUCUACUCAACAAGGGCUAUGUUGUUCGCACUACUGUGCGAAAUCCAGAUGAUGGGGAGAAGAUUGGGUAUCUGUGGGAUCUGCCUGGUGGAAAGGAGAGGCUCAAAAUAUUGAAAGCAGAUCUUCUAGAAGAAGGCAGCUUUGAUGAAGCUGUGAAUGGUGUUGAUGGGGUAUUUCAUAUUGCUUCACCUGUCUUAGUACCAUAUGAUGACAACAUCAAGGAGACCUUGAUUGAUCCCUCUGUGAAUGGCACCCUCAAUGUCCUCAAGGCAUGCUCAAGAUCACCAUCUGUGAAAAGGGUGGUGCUUACCUCUUCCUGCUCAUCUAUCAGAUAUGAUAACAAUACCCAACAGCUUCCGAAUUUAGAUGAGUCGAACUGGAGCGAUUUAGAUUACUGCAAACAGUACAAUCUUUGGUAUGCAUUUGCAAAAACUGUUGCCGAGAAAGAGGCCUGGAAGUUUGCACAAGAGCAGGAGCUCGAUAUGGUUGUGCUAAAUCCAUCAUUUGUUGUUGGCCCACUUCUUGCUCCUAAGCCCACCAGCACUCUUUACCUAGUCUAUAACAUAAUCAAAGGAGGAAAUAACAAAACAUAUCCAAAUGCAAGGCUAGGUUUUGUUCAUAUAGAUGAUGUGAUAACAGCACAUAUAAUGGUUAUGGAGGAACCAUCAGCAUCAGGGAGACUUAUAUGCUCUGGUGAAGUUGCUCACUGGGAAGAAAUUGUUAAGAUGCUCAAGGAAAAAUACCCAAUGUACCCAAUUGCAGACAAAUGUGGAGUAGAGCAAGGGAAUGUUACACCCCAUACAUACAACACUGGUAAAUUAAGAAGCCUUGGAUUUGGCAACUUUAAAAGGCUUGAGCAGAUGUUUGAAGACUGCAUCACAAGUUUCCAAGAGAAGGGACUCUUGUAG